UGUAUAAAAAAAAUGAAGACUUACAAAAGAAACAGAGCAAAACACAAAUUCAUCAGCAAGACUAACAAGGGAAAAAAAAUGAUCCCACAAACAAGACCCAGCAAAUAGUGAAUCAGAGGAGAAAAAGGUUGCGCCUUUGUAGGGAGGAAGAGAAAAAGCUGGAGCCUUUGUAGGGGAGGAGGAGAUGGUGUUCAAUAGCUUGGCAGUUCUAUCGGUGGCCCACGCCUCGGCGGACGCAUGGCAGCAGAUUGCACGCAUACCGAUGCAGGAUCGUGUCAGCAGCCACCAGCUGCUUGAUCUUGUUUGCUGCUUCCCACUUCACCAAUUGGGUCGCCUUGCUCUCUGUCUCUGGACCUUGCUGUGCCUGCCCCCACCUGAUUCCUUCUACUACUCUUACCCUUCAUCCUCUUCCGACUCCUCUGAUGAUAAUGAUGAUCAUCAUCCUUAUCAUCAUCACGAUGAUGGGUCUUCAUCCUCCUCCGCCGUUGACCUU